UUCAUGUGCCAGUCACCGGCAGCAACGGCCAUAUGCAUGACCGGCGACGCACGGUCGGUUAUCGUGCCGAGGAGGCCAGAGCGGUCGUCGGUAGGUCGAGCUCACGCAAUGCUGUUCAACUCCAACUACACUCGCCUCGUUGAGUCUCAGAGAUUCUCCCCCUUUGCUGAUAAGCAUCCCAUGAUGAGUAGACAAGUACUGCCACUGCCAUUGUCGUCCUUCCUCAAAGAUCGAGAACAAAAACCAAAGCCCUCGUCCAAUGCUUCUACCAUGCCUCCUUCGCUCACUUCUUCCACCUCUAACCCCGUCUUUCAGGUAGUAGUUAUGAGAGUAUCCCUUCAUUGUCAAGGCUGUGCUGGCAAGGUGAAGAAACAUUUAUCUAAGAUGGAAGGAGUGACGUCGUUCAGUAUAGAUCUGGAGUCGAAAAGGGUAACUGUGAUGGGACACGUAUCACCUGUGGGAGUUCUGGAGAGCAUAUCAAAGGUGAAGAAAGCUGAGUUCUGGGGUAUCAAGGAAGAACAUUAGGCCAAGACAGGAGAUAUAGGGGGAUGGGUCCAGUGGUUUUAAACUUUUUAACUUGGGUGGUCCAGGAAUUGGG